AUGACCCUGCUACACCUCUGCUUCUACUCAGCCUUCACCCUAAGUAGCUUAGGCCUAGCCUUCCACCGAACCCACCUAAUCUCCGCCCUACUAUGUUUAGAAAGCAUAAUACUAUCAAUAUACGUCGCCCUAGCCAUAUGACCAAUCCAAAUACAAGCCCCCUCAUCCACCCUCCUACCCAUCCUAAUACUAGUAUUCUCCGCCUGCGAAGCAGGCACAGGACUGGCCCUACUAGUAGCCUCUACCCGAACCCACGGCUCAGACCACUUACACAACUUCAACCUCCUAAAAUGCUAA